AUUUUGAUUUGCUUCAGGGAUUUUACCCCGGAAAUCUAACAAAAUCUCCGAUUCCGAGCUCCGGUUUUUCUCUCUUAUCGACGGUAACUUCAUUCUCGUCGCCGAUGAUGAAGACUGUCGGAGUUUCUAUUCGUUCCCUGACGUUGUUUUUCGUUGUAUCCACGCUUCUACCCUCGUCCAAGGCCUUCGUUUCCACUCCCGAGCUCAAUCCUCCUUAUCCCAAAGCAAUUUCCGAUUUGAAGGAAGCAAUUGUGAAGGGAUUGGGGUUUCAGGCUGAUGAUUUUAAGGUCUCUGGGUUCGAUCUGAGGGAUGCGCUUGUUGGGCAUUCCGUCGCCUAUGAAUUUGACGUAGAGAUCGAUAACAAGGUUCUUCCUUUUAAGCUUUUGGAGGAUGUAAAUCGGUGGGAUUACGUAGAUUUGCCGAUCUUCAGAGUCGAACAGCCCAUUAGACCUGGAGAUGAGAAUGGGUUGGUGGAGCCGAAAAAGUCGGACAAGGGGUUGCCGGUUUUGGCGCAGUUUCAGCUGGCCGGUCCCAUGGAGCUCUGGAUUCAGGAUGCCAAGGAUAUGCGCGUCUCCCUACCGCAUGAUGUGGAUGCUGGCAUCUUGAAAAAGGUAAUUCUGGCGGAUGGUGCUGUGGUGACUGUCAAAGGGGCAAGAUCAGUUAGCCUGCGCAACCCAAUUGAUCUUCCACUGCCCCUCAACCGAACUCAGGGUGGAUUUGCGUCUGGACUUCUAGCCCUGGCUGAACAUCUUCGCCAUGCUUCCCGCACCAAAGGUGCUCCAAUGCUUUCCCUCCGCAUUGUCGGCCCUACUUCCCUUACAUCCCCAUCAUCAGCUUCACCAUCUUCUGAGAGCAAGUUGAAGCUUAAACGUCUUGCACCUGGCCUUGUGGAACUAUCCUCAAUGUCGAAGACCAAAGCUACAGAUGACCUCACCAACGUUGGUCCUGAGGAAGAAGCCCCUACUGUUCUAACUCCAAAACAUUUCACCACAAUGUGGCCUCUUGCUUCAGUCAAUGGUUCACACCCGAACCUGGUUGGUUUUGAGACCCUGCUCUCAUCUGUGCUGGGUCCUAAGGCCAAGAAGAAGGGAUCCUUCAAGUUACUAAAGGCUGAUGUGUCUGCUCAGACAUUUGUCAAGAUUGGCUUUGGUGUUGAGAAGAAGUUGAAAGAAGGAGACAUCGAUUGGCAGGGUUUUCCUGAGUGGAGAACAAAGCCCGAGUCAAUGAGGAUGCACUUUGAGGUACUGGCUAAGGUUGAUGGUGAGAAAGUUAUACCUGAGAGAGUGAUGCAGGUUGAACCACCUGUUAUAGAAGAUACUUUGGCACCAAAUGUGAUCUCGAGGAAUGUGACCAUGUCAACAACCCCUAUCAUCCACCCUCCUCCCAACCCCUUAACCUUGUAAAUUGUUGGAUGGUGAGCGUUUAAAGUUUUGUCAGGAUAAUACCAGGAGCAAGUGUAAAGACAUCAAACUAUUUUCACUUCUUUCAGUGAAAUAAGUUAGAAAAGCUAUU